GCCCCACCGGCUGCUGAAGUAGAGCGGGAAGUUGCCCCGGCCCAACACGCUGUAGGCCGCACCUGUAGUGUGAGCCCGACCGUAGUUCAUCUUCCUCGUAGGACAAGUGCCUGACUUAAGCUUUUCUUUUCUUCUUAUUGAGCAGAACUAUGGCUGCAGAGGAGCAGGAAUGUGAAGAUAGAAUAUUGAAACCCUGGAGUCACACAGAGCCGAUCACCUUUCUCUAGAAGCCGCAACUCAGUUCUUCCUGUAUUGGCGUCCUGUGAACUAUGUCAGACGUCAGGGGCUCUCCUGCUGUAUUGAAAGGAGUGAUUAUGGAGAGAAACCACCAAGGAAGGAAAGAAAAAAAAGUUGCAGAGAGUACAAAGAUCCCCUAUUCUCCUCACUCAGUUUUCCUGAGAUUACUAUCUUACAUAACCUGGAUCCAGUCAAGGAUAUCACGUUGCAUUUGGUCAUCAGGUAGUCUUCGUCCACCCUGGCCUCUGAUGUCCCUCACCUUUCCUUGGUUUUCGUGGCCUUGACAGUUUCGAAGAUUGCCGGGCAGGCAUUCGGCAAACCGUCCCCCAAUCUGGGUUUGUCUGAUGGGUUUCUCACGGUUAGACUGGAAUUACGGCCUUGGGGAGGGGAAGUGCCCUUCUCACCACAUCUGUCACUGCUAGAUUAGGCUUUCUGGAUACAUGUCCGGUAACCACUAUGCUUUGUAUGAUAUUCCACUGCCCAGGACCCAGGUGGGACAGGGCAGUGUCACCACAGAAGCCCUGCUCUCGUCUUUCUCUGGCUGCUUAUUUCACUUAGCAUAUGCUCUCCAGGUCCGUCCAUGCUAUCGCAAAAGGGCAUCUGAAGCUCAGCCAGGGGCGGCACACGCUCAUCAGCACAGAAGCAGACUCCUCCCCCAGCCAUGCAGGCUGCCGCCCUGGGGCUGCUGAUGGUGGUGGCCGUGGCCGAAUUUCUCAUUGGCCUGGUUGGAAAUGGCAUCCUUGUGGUCUGGAGCUUUGUAGAAUGGGCCAGAAAAUUCAAGUGGUCCUCCUACGACCUCAUUGUCCUGGGCCUGGCUGGCUGCCGGAUCCUCCUGCAGUGCCAGAUCAUGGUGGACUUGAUCCUGAUCCCGCAUUUCCAGGGGAUCCCCUGGUUUCACUCUCUCAGCAUCUUCUGGGUGGUGGUGAGCCAGGCCAGCCUGUGGUUUGCCACCUUCCUGAGUGUCUUCUACUGCCUGAAGAUCACGACCUUCGAGCACCCGGCCUACCUGUGGCUGAAGCAGAGGGCCUAUCUCCUGAGUGCCUGGUGCUUUCUGGGCUGCCUCCUCAUCAACCUGCUACUUCUACCCCAAGUUCGCCUACAGUCCUCCAGCCCUUCCCGUGGGAACAGCAGCUUUCUGCGCCCCCUUUCAAACUGGCACUACCUGUAUGUACUGCAGCUCAACUCGGGGAGCGGCUUUCCUUGCGUGGUCUUCCUUCUUUCCUCGGGGCUGCUGAUUGUGUCUCUGUACAGACACCACCGGAAGAUGAAGGGGCAGAUGGCUGGCCGCAGUGAUGCCCGGGCCAAGGCGCACGUCACCGUCCUGAAGUCCUUGGUCUGCUUCCUUGUGCUCUACUUGGUUUACAUGGUGGCCAGUCCCUACUCCAUAACCUCCAGGGUCCCCCCUGUUAACCUCCCCGCGGUCUUCAUCUCCGAGACGCUCAUGGCGGCCUACCCCUCUCUGCACUCCCUCACGCUGAUCGCGGGGAACCCCAGGCUGAAGCAGGCCUGCCAGAAAGCGCUGCGGACAGUGCGGGCCUGGCGGCCCUGAGGCCGGGAACUGCAGGGAAAGUGCUGGGCAGGGCACUCUUUUGAGACACUGUUGAUAGCUCCCUGUGAGGCUCUUACAACUCUUAAAAUUUUCCUUCUUUCACACAAAUGGGCAACAGGAAAUGCUGGAUAAAAAUCAAUACUAUUUCUCUCCUGGCAAUGCAAAGUACAGUAUUUCAAUGUAUUAUGG